UUUGCAAAUUUAUCGUCUACAAUUUCUUUUGUAUAUUAUUUUUAUAAAUAAAUGAAUUGUGUUUAAUUAAAAUUAAAAUAAUAAGUUAUAAAUUAUGUAAUUUACUAUUUUUGAGAUUAAAGAAAUAAAAAUCGAAGAAUUAUUAAAUAUUUAGACAAAAAAUAUUGUGUCCGUCUUUAACAUUGUCUACAUCUUAUAAGAAUAAUGCCGAAGGAAAAAAUUUUAAAUGGUGAUAUUCCAAUAAAUGGCAAAAGAAAAACUAAUCACUUUCAUUCAUUUCCGUCAAUAACAGCUGCUAAUCAUAAAAAUGAAACAGUUUUCUUGAGCGGGCAAAUUUUAUAUUUUGAAAUAAACAAGAAAUUCAAGUUUGUUUGCAACGUAUGUAAAACAAGAACAUUUCAAAGAUUAAAAGAAUUUUUUAAACAUUUUAAGAAAUGUUACGCUAAAGAAAAUACACAUAAGACGAAAAUUUUAAAUGAAUCGAAUUCAUUUGUGACCGCGCCCAGAAUAAUAGAAAAUACAAAUAUAAUAGAGAAUAUAAUUCGUCAAAAUGCUUCAGAAAAUAUUACUGAUGAAACUGAACAAAUUUAUAUAGUAAAUUUUCCACAAUUUCCAAAUGAUUUAAUAAAUGGAAUUCAUAUAAAUUCUGAAAAUAUUGAUGAAAGAUUAUCAAGUAAUUGUCAACUUGAAGAAGGAUGUGAUGAUGUGCAAGAAAUAGGUGAAAUUGAUUCAAAUUAUUGUGUUGAAUCCAACGAUUCGUCAGGCGAUAUCGUUUUUUAUAAUGAAUUAUCAUCAGAAAAUUAUAAUACUUCUAGUCAAAAUUUGGAAAAAGAUUAUAUCACUGAUAAUGAAAUAAAUAUAGAAAAUGAAAAUGAUCCAUUUAGUAUAAUAAGGCAAAAAAAAAAUUCAAACGAAUCAAAUGUUGAUGGUGUGAAUAGCCUUACUGAUUGCGAUAUCAGUAUAGUAAAUAAUAAUAAUUGUGGAAAUGAAAUUAAAAGUCAUUUAUAUUUGAAUUUUAAUAAUAUAACAGAAACAAAAUUAGAUAAUUUUGAAUUAUUUGAAGCUAUUGAAGAAAAAUGGAGAGUUGAACUCAAUAAUGAUAAUAAUGAAAAUUUAAGUAUAGAAAAUUCUAAUGAAACAUUUAAUAUUAGUACAAAUAAUAAUUUAAAAGAUAAUUUAAUUGCAAAUCAUAGUACAUUAUUAAGUAAUAUUAUUGAAGAUAAUGAUUUUGAUAGUAAUGAUACAUUAAAUAGCGUAGAACCAAAUAUUAUUGAUAAUUGUGAAAUUAUUGUCCAUCAGGAAGAUUCUGAAUUUGAUGAUUUACCUAAUUUUAAUAUAAUUUGUGAAAAAUGUAAAGGUCAAUUUAAUUCAAUUGAAGAAUUACAAAAACAUCGUAAAAUUUUAAAUCCAUCAAAUCCAAAUAUAUAUGAAUGUGAUUUACAUUUUGUCACUAAAAAAAACAGCACUUUGAUUGAUUCAACAAAUAAAAUCGAUAGAAUAUCACAUCAGUGCGUAUAUUGUAAUAAAAAUUAUUUAAAAAAGGAUCAUUUAAUUGAACAUGAACGUAGUAUGCAUUUAAAAGACGCACCAUAUGAAUGUGUUUAUUGUAAUAAAAAAUUUGUAACAAGUGUAGCACGCGCCAGUCAUGAAAAACGACAUGUUUUAAGGAAAAAUUAACGAUUAUUUAUAUUUAAUAUAAUUUUUAAGCUAUAAUUAUUAAGAUAGCAAUAUAAUUUAUUUAAUAUUUGAAAUUUCUUUUGUUUAGUAAUAAUUUUUUGUUUGAGUUGUUAAAUAAAUUUCGGCUAAAUUUAAGUUAAAAAGGAAAUUAAUUUAAGCACAAUUGAAAUUAUUUAGUGAAUGUACUUAUUAAUAUAUUUUAGAUAUAUCUGUCUUAGAUAUUAUGUGCACACUUAGCCUAAUUUGAAAAAAAAAAAAAAAAACAAAAAAUAAUAAAAUUAGCAUUUUUUUUUUAAUUUUAGACAAUUAAUUUUUUUUUUGUUACGUUAUUUAUUUUUGCUAAGCAAUGUAGGUCAAAUUGAUCAGUAAGCUUUAGGAAAAAUUAAAAUAAUUAGGUAAGGUUCAAAAAUUCUGAUAAAUUUUAAAAUAAAGUUUUAUGGUAAGUGAAAGUAUUCGAUGAAUUUUUUUAAGUAUUUAAAAUUGUAAAACACAUCCAUUCGCUGUUAAUUUUUUGAAUGUAUUUAAAUUUCCUAAUAGAAUUAAGGUAAUCUGUUUAAAUAUAAAUAAAUUUUCUUGCUCUCUAAAACUUGUUUAUUUGGGGUUUUUUCAAUUUUUACUGUAACAAAUUCAUUAAUUUUUCAAUAGCAUUUUAUUGGUAAUACGGCUGGCUUCUUCAACGUAAUUGUGUUUAUAGGAUAAGUUUAAAAAACUGUUUAACUAUAAAUAUCUAGUUUAAAAAAAUCAGGAUACCGAAUUUUCGCAAUUUUUUUUCGACAAAAAUUUGAAUCAACACAACUUAUAUUAAUAGUUUUGUAG